AUGGACAACAUCGACGAGGGAUAUGACCGGCUCGUUGAACACCUUCACGACUGCACGAAGAAGGCUGAGUGUUUUAAAGCCACCAAGAGACGCCUGUCUCUUGGAACUCUUAAGCUGAUACGCCGGCGUGUAGCAGCACGAGCCGCAGGGAACGAAGAACUCACGUUCGAGCUCGCAAGGCUUUGCAGAGAGGCGACAAGGGAGGUUCUUAAAGAGAGAAAAGCAGAAGUGCUGGCUGAAGCUGCAGAAGCGGGGAAAAGCAUCCGCUAUGCCCGUCGAGACUUCGCCAUUCGCAAGAUGAGGAUGACUGCUCUCCGGAAUCCGAAAGAAAAAACCAUUGCAUCGAGAAGGGAAAUAGAGAAAAUCAUCUACGACUUCUACUCUGAUCUCUUCGACAGCCAUGUCCACUUCCCUCCUCACCAUCUGAGGGAAGACGGACGGCUUCAACACGAAUGUGGCAAUGAACAUUUUUUGAACUGCUCACUCAAUGAACAAUUUUUUCGAACUACUCAUGACUCGAUCCGGACUUCUGCGGAUGGGAAGAUGUGGUUCAACGCCAGCUUUCACUCUCGCUUAUGCUUGAUUAUGAAACUAUAA